UCAAGCUAGAUACCACCAGCGAGCCAUCCACCGGCAGCCAGCAGCCAUGGACAUGAGCCUCGAGCACUCGAGCUCUGCCUCCUCCUCGUCCACGACCGAGCGCGGCGGGACGGCAUGGCCGUGGCCACCGAAGCGCCCCGCUGGCCGUACCAAGUUCCGCGAGACGCGGCACCCCGUGUUCCGCGGCGUGCGGCGCCGCGGGAACGCCGGCCGGUGGGUCUGCGAGGUGCGCGUCCCCGGGGACCGCGGCACGCGCCUCUGGCUCGGGACGUACUUCACCGCCGAGGCGGCUGCGCGCGCGCACGACGCCGCCAUGCUCAUGCUGCGCGGCCGUUCCGCCGCGUGCCUCAACUUCCGGGACUCCGCGUGGCUGCUUGCGGUGCCGCCCGCCUUCUCCAAUCUCUCUGAUGUCCGGCGCGCGGCCGUCCAGGCCGUCGCGGACUUCCUGCGCCGUCCGGAGGCCACGGGUGCCGCCGCUGGGGCGGGCCAGGAAGUCACGUCCAGCGUGGCCGUCCCGUCGUCGGCGGCGUGCAGCGUCCCCUCGUCCGAGACGGCGAAGACUUCCGGUGAUGCCACUUUUGAAGAGGCGGCCGCAUUAGGCAUGGACAUGUUCGACCUCGACUGCCUGUUUGGGGAGACGGACUCGGACACGUACUACUACGCGAACCUUGCGCAGGGCCUGCUCAUGGAGCCACCGCCUACCAUGGCCACCGGGGCGUACUGGGACAAUGGAGACUGCGCCGACGGCGGAGCCGGAGCUGAUGUCGCGCUCUGGAGUUACUAGGACUUUAUGUUGGAGAGAUAGUGUAAGCAACACCUAGUGUGCAAAAAUAGAAAAAAAAUCAGUGACAUCCAUCGGAUUUUGAAUGGAUGUCUCAGAUUCAAUGCAUCGGGAAUUGGUGGAACUUCUGUGCAUUUUAUGGAAA